AUGGAUCAGGAUCCGAAAAGUGAAGCCGAAGCGACAGAGAAGCUUCAAAAACUGAAAGACACCCCGGCAGAUCAAUUCGAAAAACCGGAUCAGGUUGUCGGCUGGCUCAUCAACUCUGUGAAUCGUUACGAAAUCCUGUUCUCUGCCGCUGUUCCGGUCCUAUCAGCGGUGCUCUUGAAAUGUUCGUUGAGCGUCGAAUCGACUCUGAAAAUCCUGAACUUCUACAAGAAGAAUUCUCAAAAAUGCAAGGGAGACCUCGCACCUCAGUACGUAGUCGCUGGCAUCAGUGCGUGUGCUCUCUGCGUCGACGACGUGACAACGACUUCAGAGUCGUUAUUGACUGCGAUCCGACCGUCUGUAUACUCCCAUGAAAAUACCCAGACGAAUGCCAUUGAGGCCCUGAAAGAGGUGGUCAUUCCGAGGAUGAAAACCCUCGCCGAAGCGAAACGCUACAGGGAGGCGCUCAACAUGUGGAGGUCGGUUGUGAAAUUCACGCGAUUCGAAAAAGUUCCCACGAAUGUCACAAAUAAAAUACUCCAUGUGGCCACCAUGGCUUUCAAGGAAUCCGACCCUGAAAUCCACAUCGACGUUUUCAAUUCGUGGAAGACCUUCAUCGAACGUCUACCGGAGUCGACGGUCAGAAAAUCGAACUACGUUUCGCUCCUACUCAACCCACUGAACCGAGUUUAUCGCGACACCGAGUCCGAGACCAACGUUCACAAGUUCUCGGUAUGGUGGCAACUCGUCCGCUCUCUUCGAAGUCACGCCGAGAACAAUUUCGACCAGGUUGUCAUGCCUUUGAUCCAGAAGGUUUUCAAUCUGUCCCGGAGCCAGCAAGCAAAAUCCGCUUUCGAUCUCCCGCAAACGACCCGUCUUGUGACUCGGGAGGCCUACGCGGUGUUCGCUCUGGUGCUCUACAGAGGUAACAAUGAAAUACUCAAAGAAAUGAACGGCUUACACGAAAAGUUCCCGGUCAAUCAGCACGUGCUCAAAGAUGAGCACUUUGUGAAGCAUUCAGCACUGAUGCGGGAAGUCCUAGAGAUAAUUGUCAGCAAUAUUCUCGAGGGAUCGUCACCGCCACCGGAAGUGUAUCCGUACCUCCUCUUGAAAAUACUGAUUUCCAGAGCGAGCUCAUUGUACGAGUCCGAUGCGCACGAUUUGAGCCGAGUUUUCAUGAGCAAUGCGAUGAAAUUACUGCGAGAAACGCGACUCGAUCCGGAGCAGAGCCUCGGCAUCUUCGGCGAUCUCGCGAAUGGCACGCCCCAGAAGCUGAUCGUGACGGGCCAUUUUGUCCCCGAGUUUGCCGAAACCCCCCUGGCGCACGUGACCGUUCACUUCAUCAAUCGAGUCAGCGUGACCUGCUCUCAAGGAACGGAAAAUCAAAGAAAACGAUUCAAGAGUCUGCUUCGAGUUCUACUGGAACGGGCGUCAUCAGAUUUUCUCCCAUUUGCCGAGCACGUCGUCUCGAACUUCGAAGACAUCGCUCCUUCGUUGGAGAUCCCCAUAUGGCUCGAGCUCGUCGAGCGUUUGUGUGAAGUCAUCGCCCACACCCAUGAAGUCAACCAGGGCUCAGACUCCAAGCCCAACUUCAGUGCCAUCCUGAGUUGCCUCCGGUACCCCUUCAAGAAACCCCCGUGUCUGACGCAGGAAACUGUGAAGUCGUGGUCGAAGCUCUUCACUGUUUUCGCGGCAAACGCGAUCCUGGUGAAAAAUAUUGUCCCGAAUCAGCAGAUCGAAGAAGUUUGCCAAAUCCUUCUCGAGGAGUUGAUUCUUUCUGAAAACAAUCUGCAUCGAUUGAUGCUCUACAGUCAAGCUCUGGACUCCGUGGUGCGUCAAGUGGCGUCCGAGUCCGUUCCCGACAAGAGGCCGUUGGGGAACUUGGAGUCUCUCGUCAAAUGCUUGUCACACAUCGCCAAGACGAGCUCUCAUUUCAUUUCGGACGAGAAACGACCGAAGAGCGAUUCUCAGCUGUUUGUAAAUGUUGUGACGAUUUUCUAUCACCUCAUCCAUACCGUUCAGGACUCGCGCGUGUGUAAGGCAAUCUGCAACGCUCUCCUCCCCGACCUUCUGCAACUCUACGAGUUCACCAGGACGAGAAACAUCAUCCGGGAAACUUGUCUGCAUCAAGUGGAAGCACCGCUGACGAAUAUCCUGGGACAACUCUCCGAGGAACUCGUCGCUAGAGCGGCGGCUUUCGCCGACGACAGCCAGUUCCCGACGCAUAUGAAGCAUAUCCUCAAUGUGGCCGCCAGUCACUGGAAACGUAGCAUCCGUGACACGUUCAUCGCUUACGCAAAUUCGAUAUCCGCGCCCGUGGUUGAAGGAGAUCAAUCGUCGCAGAGUUUGUCGCAAUUCAUCGGCGUUUCCGACGCCGUCCCUGUUUUCGCGUCCAAGGCACCCACGGUCCAGGAAAAAGCCCCGUCGGCGGUCCAGGAAAAGUCCCCAACCCCGGUGGUGAAGAGGCGAAGCUCGAGGAAGAACAGCAAGGUCGUGGAGAAAGAGGAUUUCACACCGAUCAAGAGCGCGAAGAAGAAGAGCAUUUUCACCGAGCAUCAACUCGAGAAGCAAGCCGAGUCGAAGGUGAUCCCGAGCAUGUACCAAGACCUAUCUCAAAGCGUCGAUAAGAACCCCUCGCAAACCGUCGUCGAUACCGAAGUGGGUACGACAGUGACCACCAAUGCGCCCGUUGUGGAUGAGAACGCCAAUUUCGAUGUCGAGUUGAAGGCUGAGGAGAAGGACGAUGUGGAAAUCGUCCAGGCCCCUGAGCUCGGCAACGUUGAAGAAGAUAAAAAAUCAUCCGCAGAUAAUCCGAACGUUGGUAUGGAGAUUGAGGGUAUUCGACCGAUCGAAUCCCCCGAUGACACCGAAGCAGCGGCUCUGCCUCCCACGGAAGGCGUGAACAACGAGAACGACGAGCCCGUUGCGAAAAAGAAGAAGCGGUUUUCUUACAACGAAGGUGAUGACAUGCCCGACCCUGUUGAGAUAGAUCAGCAGCCCAGCUCAUUAGUGAAAAUGGCUGAGAAAAUUCAACAGCAGCAGCAGCAACAGCAGCUAGGCGACGUCGAAGGUGCUGCUUUUGAGUCGCCGAUGCGAGGAUUUGCUGCGCGUAAGAGGAAACUAGGUCAAAACUUCGAGUCCCCGAUCCUGAUGCGGAUGCCGCCGAAGAACGCAUUUUUGGUAAACUCGCCGUCCUCAAGAUCCCGGAAGAUGCUCGAAGCCGCCCAGGCGAAACAAGGAGGCCAAACAGAUAUCCGGAACAUGCUCGCGGGAUCGACUCCACGGCAUAACAAAUGUUUCCCGAUCCACGACAAUCCUCAAGCGGCCUCACCACCCGACGAUCGGCGACUGACUUUCGCUGCUCCCACGAACGGGUUCGGGGCUUCUAGUCCCCCGUCCGCUCGACGCAGUAUCCUAAAGCGAUUCUCCACCGGGGCCUCGGUAAAACGGGUGUCGUUCAGCAGGUCGAACGAAGUGUGUGCAUUCUUGAAGAAUCGUACCGCGAAAUCCCUCUUCCCCCCUUUCACCGUCAAGGAUGACGACAAUGGUGUCGCCGUAGAAGAGACCGAAGCGUCGCCCAGGGUCGAUUUGUGCGAGAAGUCUUUCUGCGAAGAUCUCGAAGAGAGUCCCGAAACUGCCGAGAACGAGAACGAUAGGGACGUCUCCAUUUGUUCCACUAUCAAUAAUUCUGUUCGACUGGAGUUGGAACCCGACGAGGAUUCCUGUGUCAAGAAAGUCCUCUUCGAUACAGACGAUGCUGAGCAAGAUACGAACAGGGAAUCUAGCGCCGCGGACGCCGAAGUCUGCCGUGCUGAUGACGAAGAGCUCAUGGAUGCCGAGAACGUCGUCGAAACCUCAUCGCCCCAGGACGCUCAACCCUGCGGAGAGAGCUCGCCGAACGAGGCGAAAGAUUCGGUGUCCGUUGAAAUCCAAACCGAAGCUGCUCAGCCGCUCUCCGAGGCCAAUUUGGUCGAUCUGAUCAGAGAGGCAGAAGGCGAGAAUCGAAAGCAGGUAUUGGCUCACGUUUCAUCGCCUGAGUUCUUGGGCAAGAUGACGAGUAACGAGAGGAAUGCUUUCGCGAUUAGAGUUUUCGCGAGCAUAGGAUUCUAUGUGGCGUAA